CCAAUCGCGCCCAACACUAGUGUCCGUACGAUCGCUCCGAUACCUCAGUCCACACAUCGGCUCAUCGUUCCGACCACUUCUGUGAGAGCCGGCACCGCGACCUUCACAGCCGUCACCGCCAGUCCAACCACUGGAUCACAAACCACGACAUUUCUCACUACAACCGGUGCCUCCAAUUCCGGUCAAGUUUUUAUGUUACCCAACCCUAUGCUGAAGAUAGCGACCACUACUACCGCCGGCUCUACGACUCCCACUUCCAAAUCCGUCUCAUUUGCCACGACUGGUCCCCAGAGGACUAACUUUGUGCCGAUCGCACCGUCGCCUAUGACCGCCUCAUCGACUGUCAAUACUCUAACCGCCGCACAAAUCAGUUCAUUAAAGAUAACCAAUGGUACAAAAGCAGUGGAGGACCCGAACCAACGGAAGCCAUGCAAUUGUACGAAAUCUCAAUGUCUGAAACUGUAUUGCGAUUGUUUCGCGAACGGCGAGUUCUGCAGUUCAUGCAAUUGCAUCAGUUGUCACAACAACUUAGACCACGAGGAGGACCGCCAGAAGGCCAUUCGCCAGUGUCUCGAACGCAAUCCACACGCCUUUCACCCCAAGAUAGGCAAAGGGAGGGCCGGCGAUACCGAACGCCGUCACACCAAAGGCUGCAAUUGUCGCCGAAGCGGUUGUCUGAAGAACUACUGCGAGUGCUAUGAGGCGAAGAUCCUGUGCUCGAGUCUCUGCAAGUGUUGCGGCUGUAAGAACUUCGAGGAGAGUUUUGAGCGCAAAACACUUAUGCAUUUGGCCGACGCCGCGGAGGUU